GCUAAUGUCUAUGGUUGAAGCACAAUUGUUAUAUAAAUUACAGGUUCACCACUUUUUAUUAAAAAAAUACUGUAUAGCAUAUAGUACAAUAUUAUAUUAUAUAGAUGUGAUAAAUGAUAAUACGUUUGCGAUUACUGACAAUUAAUUUAAUUCAAAUUUUGUUUUAAAGAUUAUUUUAAUUUCAUUUUAACUUUAUUCUUAAAGAAUAAAAAUGCCUAGCUGUAUAGUUUGUGGGAGAUCAGAUAAUGCAAUAGCUAAAGCUACCGGUAUUACUUUUCACAGGUAUACUUUUUAAAUCUGUAAUUCUUUUUUAACAAUAAUUCUUUAAAAACUAAUAAAAUAAAAACCUUUUAAAUUCAUGUUUAUUUCAGAUUUCCGGCGAAAGAAUCUACGAGAGUAAAAUGGAACAACUUUUUACUAGUAAAUGCUUUAAAUCCUGAAAAUGUGAUUAAGACCAGCUUAGUGUGUUCGUUACAUUUUGAUAAAUGUUGUUUUAUAUUACACAAUAAAAAAAGAAAAUUAUUACAGAAACACGCUGUUCCAUCCAUAAUUGUCGGUAGAAUAAAAUAUGUAAGUAUGUAUUUCCAAUUAACCUAACCAAUAAAUAAUUAACUACUAAUAAAUAAACCAAUAUUUUUUUUUUAUAUACUCUACAUAAUAUAAAUUAUUUUAGGCAAAACAAAUUUACCCGGAAACAUUAAUGGCUCUUACUCAAGAUGUGGAAAUUGAUUCUGUCAGUAAUUCAAUUGGCAGUACCUCUUCAACAAAAAAUGCUUUAAGUUUUAACAGAAAAUUAGUUAAGGUGAGUUUUUUUAAUGUUACAUUGGGUUAUUUAAAGUUCUUUCUUUCAUUUAAAUUGUAAUUUUUAGAUUUCCAAAAGUGAUUUAAAAGUUGAUGGAGUGUCACUUUUGAAUGAACCUAUUACAUCAAAUACUUCUUGUACAACCAGUUCUAUCAUACCAAUGACAAACAAAAUAGAAACAAUAGAAACCUCAUUCAUUGCCGCCAGUGAAGUGUCUAAUGAUGAUACAUCACGUCGAAUGUUCUUGGAACAUGGUAUUCAUCAGCUAUCAAGGGAAAUCAAAAUACAAAAUGAAAAGCUGAGGAGUCUUCAACAAGUUCUUAAACGUCAAAAUAAAAAAAUUGCCAAUUUAACAACAAUUAUUGAUGAUCAAACCUACCAGAAAUUAGUAAUUCGAGCUAAUGAUGUACACAAUUUGAAUACAGAAAAUUGUAUUGAAGAUAUUUCAAGUACCGUUUCAGUUAACGUAUUAAAUAAAAAUAUCCAUGGUUGUAUUUCUGAUAAAGUGAGUCAAGAUGAAAAUUUAAUAGAUGUAAAUGCAUUCAUUAUGGAUCAUGAUUAUAUUGGUUGUCAAAGUGAUUAGUGAUUAUUUUUUGUAAGUUAACAAAAAAAAUUAUAAUCUAUGUAUCCAUCAGGGUUUAUAUAGAACAAACCAAGUAUCAAAAAUACAUUGUAUGCCAAAAGGCUUUGAAUUUGCUGGGCAUAUAUGACGAGCAGACAACAAAAUUAUUAAGAUUGUGCUGAUAAGAAUCUUAUAUGGAAAACAGCCACGUGAAAGGCGAUGAUUGGACAGGGUCAUGAAUGAUAUUAGAGACAUUGAUGAAUCUAAAAAAUUGGAAACUCAAAAAAAUCAAGAAGAUUGGAGAAGUUUAAUUGAAGCUGCUAAGAUCCUAAAAGGCUUAUAAAGCAAAAAUAAUAGAAAUAUUAGUAUCAUGAUUUUGAGUUCAUAAACUCACUAAUAAUACUCUUAAAUGUAAUAUAUGCAAAGAUACUUUAUGUUCAGCUUAAAAAUACUAUUUUUCAAACUCCAUUAUUACAUUAAAAAAUAAGAGAGGUAAUAAAGGUAGUUUAAUAAAUCAAUCUGAAGAUAUCCUCCAUAAUUGUUUCUAAACUGAAAAAACUUUAAAAGAAAUUUCAAAUAAAGCUAUUAACAAAUUAAAAAUUCAAACUGAAGCAUUUGUUUAUUUUUAUACAACUCAAAUAUAUCAGCGAAGUUAAAAUAUCAUGUAAUUAGGGUUGUCACCUCUCCAGGUUUCACCUAGAUACUCCGGUUUUACUAUAAAUCUAUGGGCUAUAGGUUCAGUGAAUUAUUCUCUAAGUCAUCGUAAUAUUAUUAGUACUAUAGUAUAAUAAUGUAUAUAGUUUAUCAAUAAGCAACGAAAACAAUAUUUUUUAUUCGCUAAAAUAUGAGAUAAAAUACGAUUUAUUGAUUAUUGUUAUACAUUAAAUUUGUUCAAGGUUUAUGCUAAUGACCUUUUUUUUCAGCUUGGUCUUCGGGUCUACUGUGCAACCCUAAGUCACAACUCACACUACACACAACUGGCAUUAUAUAACUAUUAAUGUAUUUUUUGGAUACACUAAAAUUAUCAAUAAUAUACAUUAUAAUCAUGCAUUUUUCACUAUUAGUUAUUACACUCAGUUUGUUGAUUAAAACAUAAUAAGUGUGGUAGCAUGUUAGCAUAAAAAGUUAACUACUAAAUAUAUCUAUUGGC